UCUUUCCCGCCGUCAGCAUGGAGGCUGGCACUUUGAUUAACAGUUAUAGGCAGCUUUUGAGAGACCAUCGUUAUCCAAUCAAAUGCCAGCACUGCUAUGAAGCCCAAGGCGAUGACAGCACUCGUGUUCACAUUUACAAGUACGUUUCCCGUUCAUUCUGGAACUCGGAUUAAUAAAUAUCCACUUAUCACGCGGAAUAAGAAAGGGAAUUAAUAUUUGUGGAACUUAGGCAAAAAAGUGAGUGUUUUAUGGGAGUACAAUAUUACUAUUGUGCGAUUUUAAUUAUACUGUUUGGAAAAAAGAAAAAAAAAGAUGAGAUAACAUCGUUUUUGUUUAUUUGUUUUCGAGGGGACUUUUUCUGACAGUCCAAACUGUCCCAGCGUGGAAUAUCCGGAAAGUGACAGUAGAAUCCAGGAAGUGACAGUAUCUAGCGACCGUUCCGUGGCAUUCAAAAGGAUGUAUAUUUGUAUGUGUAGACCGUAAUGCACGCAUGGACGGAUAUGGGGAAUACCCGCCUCGUCCGCCUGGAGAUGGCGCUACUGUUGAUCAUCGUAGUCGUCAAAGAGACGCUACAGGGCACUAACGAGAAGCGCCUACUACACUACCUGUUUGUGGAGAAGCACUACAACAACCUAGAACGGCCCGUGGAGAACGAGUCCCACGCCAUACAGGUCCAAUUCAGCGUGGUACUUCAACAGAUCAUUGACGUCGACGAAAAGAUGCAGAUUCUCCAUUCCAAUGUUUGGUUAAACAUGAAAUGGAAAGACUGUAAUUUGGUUUGGAACCCUGAGGAAUUCGGUGGCAUAACUUCUAUUAGAGUUCCCGCCGCAAAGGUGUGGACCCCGGACAUAUUGAUGUAUAACAGUGCCGACGAGGCGUUUGACGGUACCUUCCACACAAACGUCAUAGUCUAUAACGACGGAAGCUGCUCCUGGGUACCACCGGGAAUGUUCAAGAGCACAUGCGCAAUAAACAUCGCUUGGUUUCCGUUUGAUGAGCAACGUUGUGCAAUGAAAUUUGGAUCGUGGACAUAUCCUGGACAAUUAUUGGAUCUACAACUGGAGAAUGACAAGGGAGACACUUCAAACUUCAUCCGUAACGGCGAGUGGCUACUUCUGGGUGUACCGGCGGUGCGGAGCGAGCGACAUUAUGAAUGUUGUCCUGAGUUCUACAUCGACAUCACUUUCACCAUCCACAUCCAAAGACGGACACUCUACUACGGCUUCAACAUCAUCAUCCCGUGUGUACUCAUCUCAUCUAUGUCUCUCCUACUCUUUAUGUUACCGCCAGACUCGGGCGAAAAGAUAUCGCUAGGCGUGACGAUCUUGCUGUCCCUGAUGGUGUUCCUGUUACUCGUGGCGGAGACCAUGCCCCCGACGUCAGACGCAGUGCCAUUGAUAGGUAUAUAUUUUUGUUGUAUAAUGGUGAUGUGCUCGCUGUCCGUCAUGUUUACCGUAAUUGUGCUCAAUUUCCACUACCGCGGACCUGACACUCAUCGACUUCCGGACUGGGUACGGAAAUACAUCAACGGCUGGCUUGCAGCGGGACUUCAAAUGAAGAGACAGAACAGAGAUUCGAAAGAUCUCCAUAGAGAUAUAGUUCAAAGGUCAAGACUGCGUGACGUAGUGCUGCAGGAUCGGCAGUCACGCAGUUUGCUUCCAAACGUUGUAGAGACGGAUGAUGAAAUAAGAUAUGAAAAUGGGUCGUAUUCCGGAAACUCUGGCGUGAAACGAGAGGAGACCUCCUUGAUUAACACGCAGCGCUGCGAAUUGAUAUCCAUUUUGAAAGAACUAAAAAAGAUCACUCUCCGGUGUAAGCGGGAAGAGGAGGACAUGGAAAUGAGAGGUGAAUGGCGAUUUGCUGCCAUGGUUAUAGACAGGUUGUGCUUAUGGAUCUGCGUCACAUUCACGCUUGCUUCCACCAUGGGAGUGCUUUUUUCCGCCCCACAUCUUAUCACAUAGUUCAAACCAUCCACGAUCAAACAUCCGUGAUCGUGAUUGGCGUGAAGUGGAGAUUUAAGGUUUAAAUAAUAUGGGUAAACAGAUCAGUUAUUUAAAUAUUACACCCGGGAUAUGUUUUAAAUAAGGGGUUUUCAAAAGUGUUUCAUGCAGAACCUACGCGAAACAGUGUAUGUCCAUGAUGUGAUUUGCGCAGAAUACAGCAGACUCGUGUAAAAAUGAGUUAGUUCCCUUCAACUGUCAAUAAUAUACCAGCGGUCAAAUACAUUGCAAAUUGUUAAAUUGUAUCAAUUCUGCUUAUUUUCGAAAGAUUUGUUUACACUAGACGGAUACCAUUCUUUUGACCCAUCACUUUGUAAGUUAAACGCCGCUUUUAUCUGCCUCGUGAGGCACUCACUUCCUGGACCUUUCAGAACUUGCAUGUGUGUGUCUGGGCAACAUUGUUUUGGAUGUUGACGUGUUUUCACUGCCCAGUUCACCCCUAAAACGCUCAAAUUUGGGAGGAUUCUGUAUGGAGACGGAAAGAUAAAUCGAAUAAGUUGCUUAGAAAAGGCAACAUCAGAGGUUGUUUGAAGAUUGUAUGGCGAAAACAAGUAGGCAUUUCUUUCUCACAGAAGUAUAUAUGUCCGUUAUCACCAGUAUAGUUUAACUUUGGACAUCAGUGAAUAUAAUACUCGGACAUACAGUUUGUCUAUAUUUAUUUCGUUUUCAUCGAACGUCCAAAAUUUUAACAAUGAAUGUUUGCUUGGACCUCAACAACUAGUGGAGGGCUAUUUUUGUACGACAACUUGGUUAUAGUGUGGGAGAUUAUACGGUUAAAUUAUUUGUAUAGUUAGGUUUCAUGCUGAUGUAAUAUAGAAGAAAUGCAUUAUGUUGUAUAUAAAUUUGUUCAACAUUUUUUAUCGCCUGUAUAUUUUGUGGAGUCUUGUUUAUUACUGUGUAAUUUAUUUGAUGCUGUAAUAUGUCUGUUGAGUAUAGAAAUAUAUUCCUUCACUGACACAGAAAUUCUUUAUAUUUGGGCUUCUUCUAAAGAUAUUAUAUAAAUUCAUUUCGUCAACAACAUAUUUAGAUAUUGUAUGGCAUAUUAAGUCAAAUAAUCCCUAAGAAGAACAAGAAGUGUAAAGUUGGCGACAGUAACACUGUCGAAAAGUGUAACAUAUAUAUUUAAUUGUUGGGUGUAAAAUGAAUAUUACUUUCUUGCGUUUCAUCAGCCACAGAACUACAAUUCUGCACGCUGUUAUAUGUCAUAUACUGUAUCCCAUGUUCUGUACUAUUCGUUGCUUUGUUGUGUAUUAAUAGUAUAAUAAUUUACAAUGUUGAUGGUUAAGGAUUAAUUUGCAUAUUAUUUCAUGUCACUUUUAAGCUUAUGGUAAUUGCAGAUAGUAUAAGUAAAGCUAACCAUGUGGGGAAAAUGAUGCAGCGAAAACUUUAUCAUUGUAACAGCUACAAUUCAGAUGGUAAGCAAGAACAUGUUUGAUUAACGUUAUAAAGACUCCAAAUGUAUGGAGAUUCCACUGAACAGAAAGAGCCUGGAUCACGUGCUGUUGUCUUCCUGAGAGCGUGUUCUGUUUAUUAAUGUCAUAAAGCCUCCAAAUGUACGGAGAUUCCAUUGAAAGGAAAGAGCAUGGACCACGUACUGCUGUCUUCCUGGGAUCGUGUUCACCCUUGAAUGUUUGUUUUACUUUCAUUAAGGUAUGACAUCUAUAUGUUUACUAUGUUAAUUAGAGGUACCAUUGGUAGUUGACUUUUGUACGUAUAGUUGAUAUCAAUAAAGGUAAGGCAUCUAUAUGUUUACUAUGUUAAUUAGAGGUAUCAUUGGUAGUGGACUUUUGUACGUAUAGUUGAUAUCAAUAAAGGUAAGGCAUCUAUAUGUUUACUAUGUUAAUUAGAGGUAUCAUUGGUAGUGGACUUUUGUACGUAUGGCUGAUAUCAAUAACUAUUUAUACCUUAUCACUGUUGUCGGUUCUCCUCCUCAGUUCAAUAUUUUCACAGGAAUUCUUAUUUGAUUUCAUGUACGUAUUAAAAAAUCAAAUCAUCCAGCAA